AUGGUCGCUCCACCUUCGACUGGUGGUGUUGCACCACCGGCUGCGACUGUGAAGCCAUCAUCAACCGUUUCGAGAAUAAAUGGUGCUCCUCCUGCCACCAUGGCCACGCCCUCGUUUCCUUACAGCGCCCGCCGUGCAGCACCUCUUGAUUUGCGAACCGUUGAGCGCAAAGCCCCCGCCUACACUCGCGAUCCCCCUGCGAGAAGGAGACUUCAUGACCUACCCGAGGCACCGACUUUCCGGCCUACAGAGGCAGAAUUUCGCGAUCCGAUGGAAUAUAUCCGUAGUAUCUCGGAAAAGGCCAGCAAGUACGGUAUUUGCAAGAUAAUCCCGCCAGACAACUGGAAUCCGGAUUUCGCUAUUGAUACAGAGCGCUUCCAUUUUCGCACUCGGCGCCAGGAGAUAAAUCUGGUCGAAGGAGGAAACCGCACAAACCUCAACUACCUAGACCAGCUGGCCAAGUUUCACAAACAAUAUGGUGCACAUCUCAACCGGUUUCCCUCGGUCGACAAGCGUCCGCUUGACCUUUAUAAACUCAAGAAAGCUGUCGAAGUCAGAGGUGGCUUCGAACGCGUCUGCAAGGACAAGAAGUGGGCCGAGAUUGGGAGAGAUUUGGGAUACAGUGGAAAAAUCAUGUCGUCGCUAUCUACAUCGCUCAAGAACUCCUAUCAACGAUGGUUGCAUCCCUAUGAGGAAUGGCUGAAGUAUGCCAAACCCGGCGUUCAGCAGCAGCUAGAUAGCGAACACGGUGGAGCGUACUCGCCAUCGGUCAUGCCCCAUCAGCCCAUGGCCUCCCACGCACCUCCACAGUCUGCUCCUCCCGGCAUAGCGACAGAUUCUCCAAAGCCCCAACCCGCAAGACCUUUAACUCCACAAGUACAGAACUCUCCUGCGCCCUCGCAACCGCAGCCGCCUGUGCCCUCAUCAAUACCCCCUGCCGUUCAACCUAGACCAGUCUCAUCGUCGGGCUUCACGGCAGUUAACAGUGGCUUCACCGCGGUGAAUAGCCCUUCGGGUUUUACGGCCGUCAAUACCCUUCCACCUCCCCUUGUGAAGAAAGAGGUCAAUGGCGUGCCGCCAUCAAUUCAAAGUGCGGCUCCAUCCUUCCCCGCCAUUAACGGACCUACGAUCACGACAAUACAUUCGUCUGGUGGCUCAAUACCGAAUGGAACUCCAAACCCACUAAAGAGGACAUUGAGCCAUGAUAGUCUCAACGGCGAGUCCGGCUCGGAGGGACUAGACGGUGAAGGAGACGCCGCCAAUGGCAGACGAAGCAAGAGGCCAAAAAAGGACGGCAUGCCCACGAUUCCCGGUAACCACAUCCCAGCAAUGCGCCCGACAACCCCCCAAGUGCGGACCAAAACGGCACCUCGGAGACAUGGCGAGAAAUGUGAGAAAUGCGGCAAAUCGGACAACAAGGAGAGCAUCCUUGUCUGUGAUAGCUGCGACUCAGGCUAUCACAAGCAUUGUGUUGAGCCACCGUUGAACAAUAUGCCGGAAUAUGAUUGGCACUGUUCGAAAUGCUUGGUCGGGACAAACGACUAUGGUUUCGAGGAAGGCAGUAUCUACUCCCUGAAACAAUUUCAAGAAAAGGCCAACAACUUCAAAGAUAACUACUUUGCCGCCCGGAUGCCUUUUGACCCUGUUUCCAAUACACCGAGAAAGCCAACCGAGGACGAUGUCGAACGGGAAUUCUGGAGACUCGUUGAAGACAUCACGGAGUCAGUCGAAGUCGAGUAUGGCGCAGACAUUCACUCGACCACUCAUGGCAGCGGUUUCCCGACCGUGGAGAAAAACCCCCUCGAUCCCUAUUCGAAAGACCCUUGGAACUUGAAUGUCAUGCCUUUCCUCGAAGAGUCGUUGUUUAGACACAUCAAAGGUGACAUUUCCGGCAUGACAGUGCCUUGGCUGUAUGUGGGGAUGUGUUUCUCGACGUUUUGCUGGCACAAUGAGGAUCACUAUGCAUAUUCGGCAAACUAUCAACAUUUUGGUGCAACCAAGACGUGGUACGGCAUCCCUGGCAAAGAUGCGUAUCGUUUUGAGGAUGCAAUGCGCAAAGCAGUACCGGAAUUGUUUGAGACGCAGCCUGAUUUACUCUUUCAAUUGGUCACCAUCCUUCCUCCACAUCAACUGAGAAAGGCCGGGGUUGAGGUCUACGCGCUCGACCAACGGGCAGGUCAGUUCGUCAUUACUUUCCCUCAAGCCUACCAUGCCGGAUUCAAUCAUGGUUUCAAUUUCAACGAAGCUGUCAAUUUCGCCCCCGCCGAUUGGGAACCAUUUGGCGAGGCUGGCGUGCAACGGUUACAGGAAUUUCGCCGCCAGCCCUGCUUCUCUCAUGAUGAGCUUCUCUUUACUGCGGCGGCGUCAGAUACUACCAUCAAGACAGCCAAGUGGCUGGGACCGGCGCUCGAACGAACUCGAUCUCGAGAAUUGGCCGAGCGCCAAGGUUUUGUGGCAAUGCACAAACGACAUUUUCCACACGACGACUGCACGUUCGAUACGUUGGCUCCUGAACCGUCGGAGACAUGCGGUCUCAUCAUCAAGAUCGAGAAUGCUGAGCUUGAAGAGGAAGAAUAUCAGUGCUGCUAUUGUAAAGCGUUUUCUUACCUUUCACAAUUCCGAUGUCACCGCAGCGGCAAAGUCACAUGUCUUCUGCAUGCCGAAGUGUCUGAUUGCUGCUCUGACUCUCCUAGUGAAAGGCUGAGGGGACCCAAUCAUAGUCUCCUGGUCCGCUACACCAACCAAGAACUGAGCAAUAUCGUUCAGAAAGUGGUUGACAAAGCGAACGUGCCCGAAGCAUGGGAGGCAAAGGUAGAGGCUCUGCUCGCCAACGAAGCUCGGCCUGCGCUCAAGUCAAUGCAUACGCUGCUGUCAGAGGGCGAGAAGAUACCAUAUACCUUGAAAGGACUGGACGAUUUGGCCGAUUUCGUCAAAAAGUGUGACCAAUGGGUGGAUGAGGCGAACUUGUACCUCACCAGGAAGCAGCAAAACAGACGAAAAAACGAGAAAUCUUGGCGUCGAUCUUCGUUGCGGAGUGGCAGACCAGAGGACAAAGACACCGAGCCACAACUCACCGUGGAACGCAUGAAGGAGUUGAUUGAAGAUGGAGAACUGCUCGGGUUCAGCGCACCUCAGCUCGAAAGCUUGAGAGAAAAAGUCACCGUGGUUGAUGAAUGGCGGGCAAACGUGAACCGCAUCCUCACGGGCCAACACCAAGCGUCUUCCGAGGAGUUGGAAGCUUUGCUUGAGGAAGGUCGCGGAUUUAUGGCUGCUAUGCCAGAGCUUACAAACUUGGAGCAAGUUCACGCGCGAACUCACUGGCUCGAAGAGGUCCGACAAGUCCAGAAAGAUGUGCAAUCAAAGACACUUGAUGAUUGCAAAGAGCUCUUGAAGCGUGCUUCGGAAUUGGAGAUCUCGCCACAGAUGCCGGAAAUCCUGUUUCUCACUGAAGUGGUGAGACAAGGUGAGUUCUGGGAGAUCAAGGCGAAAGAAGUCAUGGCAGCCGAGGAUGUCCACUACCCACAGUUGGAGUCGUUGCAUUCCCAAGUGCAGAACCAGGUUUUCCCCGUCAACAAGGAGACUCUGGAGCAGAUGGAUGUCAUUCUCGCCAAGAAUCGCGAGGCGAAACGUCAGAUCAUAACACUGGUCGAACGAAGCCACGACCCCGAUUUCCGAAAGCGUCCAUUGUAUGCGCAUGUUCGAGAUGUCGUCAAGAGCUUUGAGGAUCUCAAUGGCAAACCUCACGGCGCCUCCGACCUGGAGAAAGAAUUGAGGAGACACGAAGACUGGAUGAGACGGGGCAAGAAACUCUUUGGCAAGGCCAACGCUCCGCUUCACAUCCUUGAACAACACAUGAAGUUUGUGGAGGAAAAGAACAACUACUGCUUCGACCUCAAUGAUACGUUCAGGCCACCGGUUGAGCCUGCAUCGCGAGAAGCCACGCCCGUCGAAGGCCAGGAGAAGGGGACGCUCGGUGAUGAGGAGAAACCUGUUUUCUGUAUUUGUCGUCAACCCGAAGCUGGGCUCAUGAUCGAGUGCGAAAUCUGUCAUGAUUGGUACCACGCAAAGUGCCUCAAGCUCGCCAGAGGAAAAGUCAAGGAAUGCGAGAUGUUUACCUGUCCUAUUUGCGACUGGCGAGUCAAGAUUCCCCGCGAUGCUGCCCGACCAAAACUCGAAGAUCUACAAGCUUGGCAAGAUGAAAUCCAGGAUCUUCCCUUUCAACCAGAGGAGGAAGAGCUGCUCAAGCGAAUCAUCGACAAAGCGCAGGCAUUCCGAGAAUUCCUCCUGCGAUAUACGACUGGCAGUCAACUUUGUAGGACAAUUGAGGAGAUGCCAGAAAUGCUCUUCUACCUUCGCAAGAUUGAGGGCGCAGAAGUUCUUCUUGCCUACGAGACCAAUGUAUUACGGCAGGAGCUGCACAAAUGGCAGCCCAUUGCUCCCGAACCGCCCCCAAUCCUGGACCAGAGCUUGUCGACACGAAAACCCCGACCGACUAAACAGCAGAAGUUGAUGAAGGAGCUGGGAGUUGAGAAACCAGAGGACCUUCCACCACACUUGCGGACAAAGACGUACGUGCGGAGAAAGACACAGGAAUCAUUUGUUACUGGACCUCUACUUCCCAAGCCUUCGACACAGUCGCCUUCCGCUCCGGGUUCUGCUGCGAGCCCCAGUCAGAACGGUGGAAGCGGUGAAGGCUCAUCUGCCAUGCAGAGGCAAGAGUCCGGCGAUCAUACCGGACCUGGUAGGACGUUCGACCCCGGGUAUAUAUCUGGGUCAUCGUUCGCAGAACGCCGACCUUCCCCGUUUUCUCCCCACUCACCGUCAUUGUUCAGCCCUACAAGGGAGGCGCCACACGAAGAGCUAAGGGACCCGAUGAUGCCUGCCUUUGGUGGUGGAGACAAUUCGGAAGGACGAAACCACGACCCUUCAUUUCCAAUGUUUCGGUCAGGAACUGGUUUGGGUCUGGAUGCCGAAGACGACCUACGAAGCGGCCUCACCAACGCGUCUGCCAGUGCACCCAACUCUGCCCGGGGUGGCUCUCCGGCUGCAGGCGGUGAGUACGACAACAUGUUCAUGGACAUGAGUAACCCAGAUGCGGACACGAGUAACGAUCCUGUGCCGAGUCUGGAACAAGAGGCCGGUCAUGCGAGUGAGGCGCUUGAUAUGAUUCGGACGGCGAGCAACGAUUCCGUGAACGACCAUGCCGAUUUGGAGGAUGGGGAGAAUGUCUCGAAGCAUUUUGACGACUUUAUCAAUGGAGACGAACAGGGUUGA